UAAGUUAAUUAACUUUCAUUUCAUCAAUCUUCUUCUUUCUCCUCAUCCUCAGCCUAAUCCUCGGCAUCAUCAUUUCACCGUUUAUCUUCUUCACCAUUUUCUUCACCAUUCUCUUCACCAUCUUCACCAUCCUCUUUCUCUUCAUCAUCUUGAUUCCUCAUGGAACCCGAUGCUGGGUUUUCCUCUUGUUCAUCUUGGUUCUUCGCGGUUCCGCAAGGAACCCAGCUCGGUGUUGGGUGGCGAAACCUAACCCGAUGCUAGGUUUCUUGAGGAACCCAGUUCCUUGAGGAACUCAGUUUUGGGUUCCUGGGUUUCGUGAGGAACCCAGAUCUGGGUUUCGUGAGGAACCCAGUUCUGGGUUUCGUCAAGGAACCCAGUUCUGGGUUUCGUCAAGGAACCCAGAUCUGGGUUUCGUGAGGAACCCAGUUCUGGGUUUCGUCAAGGAACCCAGAUCUGGGUUUCGUGAAGAACCCAAUUCUGGGUUUCGUGAAGAACCCAGUUCUGGGUUUCGUCAAGGAACCCAGAUCUGGGUUUCGUGAAGAACCCAGUUAUGGGUUUCAUGAAGAACCCAGUUCUAGGUUCCUCAAGGAACCCAGCUCUAGGUUCCUGGGUUCCUGGGUUCCUCGAAGAACCUAGCUCUGAGCACGAAAUUCAUAUUCUUGGUGAUUGGCUUGAUCAAUUUUGAAGUUUGGGAUGGUAAAGCUAGUUUUUCUUUGCUCUGUUUCUUUAGCUUCUUGCUUUGUUUGGUUGCUCUGUUUCAAUUUUGAAGUUUUUCUUUGUUUGAUUGCUGUGUUUCAAUUUUGAAGUUUUUCUUUGUUUGAUUGCUUUGUUUUCGCUUGGCCUUCGGGAACUCAAUUGAAAC